AUGAGACAAAUAAAUCAGACACAGGUGACAGAAUUCUUCCUCCUGGGGCUCUCUGAUGACCUGCACACCCAGAAGCUGCUUUUCAUCUUAUUCUUGGGUGUCUAUCUGGUCACUGUGCUUGGAAAUCUGCUCCUCAUUUCUCUUGUUCAGGCUGACUCCCAACUUCACACACCCAUGUACUUCUUUCUCUGCAACUUGUCUCUGGCUGACCUCUGUUUCUCUACCAACAUAGUUCCUCAGGCCUUGGCCCACUUGCUUUCCAGAAAGAAGGCCAUUUCCUUCAUACGUUGUGCAGCUCAGCUUCUCCUCUUCCUCAUCUUUGGGUGCACACAGUGUGCUCUCCUGGCAGUGAUGUCCUAUGAUCGCUAUGUGGCCAUCUGCAACCCUUUGCAUUACCACAGCGUCAUGACCUGGAUUGUGUGUGUCCGGCUGGCCGCAGGAUCAUGGACCAGCGGUGUUUUAGUGUCUGUGGUAGACACCACAUUCACACUGAGGCUUCCCUACCGAGGCGGCAACAGUAUUGCUCAUUUCUUUUGUGAGGCCCCUGCACUGUUGGUCCUGGCCUCCACAGACACUCACACCUCAGAGAUGGCCAUUUUCUUCAUGGGAGUUGUGAUCCUCCUAAUACCUGUCUCCCUCAUUCUUGUGUCCUAUGGCCGCAUCAUAGUGACAGUGGUCAAGAUAAAAUCAGCAGCAGGAAGGCUCAAGGCAUUUUCUACUUGCGGCUCCCAUCUCAUGGUGGUCAUCCUUUUUUAUGGAUCAGCUAUUGUCACCUACAUGACACCCAAGUCUUCCAAAGAGCAGGAGAAACUCGUGUCUGUUUUCUAUGCGGUGGUGACCCCCAUGCUGAAUCCUCUUAUCUAUAGUCUGAGGAACAAGGAUGUAAAGGGAGCGCUGAGAAAAUUAGCCACAAGGAAUUGCCCAUGUGGGGUGAGAACCACUCACUGA